AUGUACGAUCUUCAAGUGAGAAACAUGAGAGGUCAAGGGUAUGACGGUGCUAGUAAUAUGAGAGGCAUUUAUAAUGGAUUGCAAGCAUUGUUUCUUGAAGAAUGUCCUUAUGCAUACUAUGUCUACUGUUAUGCUCACCGCUUGCAAUUGACAUUGAAUGCUACAGUUCAAGGGGUGCAGGAGAUUUGGCAAUUCUUUAUAACUUUGGGUUUAAUUGUGAAUUUUGUUGAUGCUUCUGCUAAGUGGCAUUCUGCAUUGAGAGCCGUAACAAAGGAGGAAAUUGCAAAUUUGACUCUUAAUGAUAUGAUGGAUAAAGGAGUUGAAGGACAAGCUGAAGCUAUUCUCAAGGCUUUGAGAUCAUUUGAUUUUGUGUUUUGCUUGCUUCUAAUGAACAAAGUAAUGAAAGUUACCGAACUACUUUGUCAGACACUACAGCGGAAGUCUAUUGAUCUUGUGCAGGCAAUAAAAUUUGUAAGAGUUACAAAGUCACUUCUUCAGGAGAUGAGAGACAUAGGGUGGAUGAUUUGUUCAUCUUUGGAUCCUCGUGAUGACUUCAAGUACUUCAAAACUGAAGAUGUUUGCAAUCUUGCUAAGAGGUUUUAUCUUGAAGAUUUUGAUGAUGGUGAAAUGUGUACUCUAGAAUUAGAGUGUGCAUAUUAUGAGAAGGAUAUGCGAAGUGAUCUAUUGCUGAGUUGUGCCACAUCUUGUGUCUACAACUCUACAUCAACCACUGAAAAAGCAUUUUCAGCUAUGAAUAUCAUUAAGAAUAGACUCAGAAAUAUGAUGGAAGAUGAGUUUCUUGAUGAUUGUAUGGUCAUUCACAUUGAGAAGGAGUACGCCGAUUCUAUUGACAAUGUUGUAGUGAUUGAGGAUUUCGAAAAUUUAUCGAACCGUAGAGUCAAAUUUAGUUAG